GACAAGUGUGCAAUAGGCCUUGUGGCUGUCUGCUUCAAUUCCUUCAAAUCUUCAUCAUCAUGGACGAGGAAGCACCGGUCAUCUACGGGCUUGAAUUUCAGGCCCGGGCACUGACUGCACAGACAGCAGAGACAGACAGCAUACGCUUCCUGGUGGGCACACAGUCACUUAGAGCUGAAAACCAGAUUCACCAUAUUGACUUUGAUGAUGAAAACAAUCUUAUAAACAAGAAUGUGUAUGUCCACCGUGAAGGAGAAAUCUGGUCUAUGAGCGCAUCAACAUUUGACAAGACUCUACUGUCAACAUGUUACAAUAACACUGCCGAUGCAAAGUCCGAGAUGCGGGCUGCAGUAUGGCAGCUCCCGGACAGCUUCAACUCAAGCAAUGUUGUUGAUGACCAGUCCAACUCCCAUGAGUCAUUGCAGCUUGUGUGUCACCUGGACACCAGUCAGUUCGGAGAUAUCAAGGGGACGCUGUGGCACCCAGCGGGGGAGAGUCACACGGUGGUAGGGGUGAUGGACACUCACAUCGUACAGUGGGAUCUCGACACUGCUGCAUCCACAGCCAAGUUGAUUGGAUCCACCAUUGUGGAGGGGCGUGGCCAUCCAAAGCUGACGUGUGGGCGAUGGAACCCACAUCACAACUGUACUCAGAUAGCCACAGCUAACGACACGUCCAUCCGAGGCUGGGACCUCCGUUCAAUGAAGCAGGUGUACCACAUGGAGAACGCCCACGCCCAGCUGGUGCGAGACUUGGACUUCAACCCCAACAAGCAGUACUACAUGUCCACGUGUGGGGAUGACUGUAAGGUGAAGUUCUGGGACACACGCAACACCACAGAGCCACUCAUGGUCCUCUCCGAACAUUCUCAUUGGGUGUGGACUGUCCGCUACAAUCACUUCCAUGACCAGCUCGUUCUCACAUCGAGUAGCGACAGUCGGGUCGUCCUCAACAACAUUGUGUCCUUGUCCUCUGAACCCUUUGGCAGACUGGUUGAGAAGGAUGAUGAAGACAGUGAAGACGAGGAUGAUGCAGAGGACAGACCAAGGGAGCCCCCCAAGGAUGGAGUAAUAUCUACAUAUGAGGAACAUGAAGAUAGUGUUUAUGCUGUCGAUUGGUCAACUGCAGACCCCUGGGUAUUCGCAUCGCUCAGCUAUGAUGGGCGUCUUGUCAUCAACCGAGUACCUCGCACAGAGAAGUACAAGAUCCUGCUGUAGCCUGGGGAGGCACCACAGCGCACAGCCACGUAUACGUGUGUAUUAUACAUAUGUCAGCACAUUCCACGGUGGUUUUGUUUCACCAUCAGAAUGUCCAGAGAAACAGUGAGAAAUACCUGUGAUACACAUUUCUGUAUGACAGAGGACAGAGGACAAUAUCGCCAGGUUGCAUUGUGCUGCCUCAUCACUUGUGUGGCAUCAAUCUUUGGAAACAAUACAGAAUAUCUCCAUGUAUCUUUUCUGGACAAGUUCUUUCACUGUAGUGUUGCUGUUUGUAUAUUGUACAUGUCUAUUGUAUAGAAACAGGGCUAUUUUACCUUGGAUGAAGUCCUCUUUGUUCUAGAUUUACUCAUAAAUGUAAAGUCUGUAAAUAUAUGUAUAUGCCCAGGAUAUUAAAAAGGUUGGGGGGAUAGACACUUGUUCAUGAAAUGUCUUGGAAUAAAUCUUCUAGCUGUCAUGUAUUGUGGCUGCCAUUUGUUUUGGUUGGAUAACAGGUAUGUCAUGUAUCCAGUCUAUUUUAACAUGCACUGCCAUUCUUCAUGGUUUGGUAAGUGCUGUGCACUGUUCGAUUACUCCAUGUCAAGUAUAGUCACAUACACUCUAUAGGGUUCAGAUCUGGGCCCCUGGAAACCAAGCCGUAAUGUUCAUACUUCAGCAUUGUCCUGAAAUAAAAGUCCAUUUCUAUGUG